CAAAUGUCGAAAUUAAAGACAUGGAAUCACCCAUUCGGGGUGCAAGUGCAGCGUUUCCACCAACUGGGCCUCCAUCCGGGUCUAUAUCGCACAGCCCCGAAUGACCGUACUCCAUGUGAUUACGACCCCAUUCAGCCGAGGUGCAUCCGUAAGCCAAAUGUGAACAACUGGCAGCCAUGGCAGAUUGAACAUGAGUCGCAAGAGUUCUCGAAGAACUUCGGGUACGAGCAUGCAGAUCUACUCGCCGAGCGCAAAUUCAUGCGCGGACAACUUGGCCCAGGCUCACAUGAUAUCAAUUUAGGCUUGUAUAAGCAAGCAGAUGUCUCACCUUGCUUGAAUCAGAACCUUGGCAAGCAAAAACGCUUCCAAUCGAAAGAGAUUCUUUCACCUGGUCCCGCCGGGCGAUACUUCUCAAAACCAUACACGCAUAAAGUACCGCAUGUGGGUAACACUCUAAAUCGUAGCCCACGCUUCAAAGAACUAUCCAAGUCGUGGAAGUUGCCUUGUAAUCGCUACACAGUAAUACAUCCGAAUUCAUUGGAAGCGCUGCUGAACAAAGUCACAUCUGUACGUGGACCGUAUGAUAUUUUCACUGGGCCGAGAGAUAAUGCCAAUAUGUUUAACAAGAUGUCGACUGGUACGCGAUGUUCGCCGGAUAAGUACUACAAUUGGCCCAGUGCGUUGGACGUUUACUUACGCCAUCCAAAACAAAAUGAAAGGAAAAUUUAA